AUGGUGGUCUUGGAGCUUCACAUAAAACCCACCUUUGCUCAUACCAUACCACAUAACAUUUCAAUAUACUUCUUCUCUUCUCUUCAAAUGGACCCAAAUGCUUGCUCUAUGCAGCAUUCCCAUUGUGUAGAGAUGACCAUGGAAGUGCACCAAGUUGUUCCGCCACCCCACAAGAGCACCCUGCAUAAACUCAAGGCCAGGCUCAAGGAAACCUUUUUCCCUGAUGACCCUCUGCGCCAAUUCAAGGGACAGCCACUUAAGAGAAAGCUAGUUCUUGGAGCUCAAUAUCUGUUCCCUAUUCUUGAAUGGGGUCCGAAGUACAGCUUCAAACUCUUCAAAUCUGACCUUGUUUCUGGCCUCACUAUUGCUAGCUUGGCCAUCCCACAGGGAAUCAGUUAUGCUAAGCUUGCAAAUCUUCCUCCAAUUGUGGGACUUUAUUCUAGUUUUGUCCCACCACUGGUUUAUGCUGUUCUUGGAAGCUCAAGGGACCUAGCUGUAGGACCUGUGUCUAUUGCUUCUCUGGUGAUGGGAUCCAUGCUAAGACAGGAAGUGUCUCCCACCGCAGACCCAGUUCUGUUUCUUCAGCUAGCUUUUACUUCAACUUUUUUUGCUGGUCUCUUUCAAGCUUCACUUGGCAUCCUAAGGCUUGGCUUUAUAAUUGAUUUUCUGUCUAAGGCUAUUCUGAUUGGGUUCAUGGCUGGAGCUGCUAUUAUUGUCUCACUGCAACAGCUCAAGAGCCUGCUUGGAAUCACACAUUUCACUAAUCAGAUGGGACUGAUUCCUGUGAUGACUUCUGUUAGAAUGGAUUUUACCUAUCUGUAUUAUCUCAAAUUUUAUUUUUGUGGGUUUUCUGCAGUGGUCAUGGCAAACGAUACUGAUGGGGAUGUGCUUUCUAGUGCUACUACUAUUAGCCAGACACGUUAUUUAUCACAACCAAGCAUAAAAAAACCAAAGCUAUUUUGGGUCUCAGCUGGAGCUCCUCUUUUGUCGGUCAUAAUCUCCACCCUUCUGGUUUUUGCAGCGAAGGCUCAAAAUCAUGGCAUUAGUGUGAUUGGCAAAUUGCAACAAGGAAUAAAUCCUCCUUCAUGGAAUAUGUUGCGCUUUCAUGGCACUCACUUAGGCUUAAUUAUGAAAACAGGGCUUAUCACUGGCAUUUUGUCUCUCACUGAAGGUAUUGCAGUGGGAAGAACAUUUGCAGCUCUAAAAAACUACAAAGUGGAUGGAAAUAAGGAAAUGAUGGCAAUUGGGUUUAUGAAUAUGGUUGGCUCUUCCACUUCCUGUUAUGUUACAACAGGUGCCUUCUCUCGGUCAGCUGUUAACAAUAACGCAGGUGCAAAAACAGCUGUGUCAAAUGUAGUGAUGUCCGUGACAGUCAUGGUAACACUCCUUUUUCUGAUGCCAUUGUUCCAAUACACACCAAAUGUUGUGUUGGGUGCAAUCAUAGUCACUGCAGUAAUUGGCCUCAUUGAUCUCCCUGCUGCUUACAACAUUUGGAAGAUCGAUAAAUUCGAUUUCCUUGUGAUGUUGGUUGCUUUCAUGGGUGUUCUUUUUAUCUCUGUCCAAGGAGGCCUUGGUCUUGCUGUCGGGUUAUCAACUUUCAAGAUACUAAUGCAAAUUACAAGGCCAAAAACAGUAAUGUUGGGGAAGAUUCCAGGAACAGACAUAUAUAGAAAUCUUCAUCAAUAUAAGGAAGCUGUGAGAAUACCUGGUUUUCUUAUUUUAAGUAUUGAGGCUCCCAUCAAUUUUGCUAACAUCACAUACCUCAAUGAGAGAACAUUACGAUGGAUAGAAGAAGAGGAAAACAUAAAAGAACAAUUAAACCUUCGAUUCCUAAUAUUGGAAAUGUCAGCUGUGAGUGCCAUUGAUACAAGUGGAAUCUCACUAUUCAAGGAGUUGAAAGCAACAUUGGAAAAGAAGGGUGUUGAGCUUGUGUUGGUCAAUCCUCUUGCCGAGGUCAUUGAGAAGCUGAAAAAAGUUGAUGAAGCUAGUGAUUUCAUACAAGCAGAUAACCUUUUCUUGACAGUUGGAGAGGCUAUAGCUUCACUUUCAUCAGCAAUGAAGAGUCAGUCAUCAACAUUAUAG